AACACAAGUCAACAAAAAAAAAAAAUUUUUUUGGGUUUGUUAUUAAAUUAAUAUUUUCUGAUUUUUUACAACUAAAAGUAACCAGAAACUUCGUUCAUUGCAAAUAAAGUUUGCUUUUGUACAAUUUACGAUGAAAAAUAAAUAUUUUAAUAUUUUGGCAGACAGUUUGAGGUGCAAGGGUUUUAACACGCUAGAGACGGAGUUGGUGGGGGGUUACAGGUGUGAAGCGGGGACCGGCAGGUAGUCUCGGUAGUAUGCGCGUGAGCAUUACCAAGAAACGACGUUAUUUGUGUGGCGCGAAAUCUAAAAUGGCUUCCAAAAAGUGUAAAAAUGACGUUAACUCUUUUUGUUAUAUUUGCGGCGAAUUCAUUAAAGUAAGAGCUAUGAAAUUCAGUUUGUCGUCAAAUGUAAAACUCUGUGAAGCUUAUGAAGCUUAUUUUAAUCUUCCCAUUCGAAGUCAAGAUAAAAUAUGGGCACCUAAAUUCUCAUGUAGUUACUGCAAAAACACAUUAGAAGCUUGGUAUCGAGGAGAAAAAAAAAGUAUGAAGUUUGCAGUACCAAGAAUAUGGAGGGAGCCCACUAAUCACAUCAGUGAUUGCUACUUUUGUCUUGUCAAUCCACGUAAGCGUCGGGCUGGCAAAAAUGCCAAAAAGAUUCAGUACCCAGAAUUGCCAUCAACAACCGCUCCGGUACCCCACAGUGAACAUUUUCCUGUGCCUUCUCGUUCCAAUUUGAAGGAAGAGCUCCCGCUAUCACAAGAUUGUAGUAGUAGCGAAGGCAGCGAAUUCUUAAUCAAAUCAGUGUCUGUUGAACCACAUCUUAUUAAUUCAGAAGAGUUUAAUGAUUUAGUAAGAGACUUAAACCUACCUAAAAUUAAAGCAGAAAUAUUAGCUUCACGGCUAAAACAGUGGAAUUUGCUCAAGCAGGAUGUUAAUAUAAGUGAUCAAAGAAAGCGUCAUGAAAUAUUUUCUGGAUUUUUUACAAAGAAAGACGGACUGUGUUAUUGCAAUGACGUGAAAGGUUUAUUUGAUGCGAUCGGAAUCCCUUGUGUUUCUUCUGAGUGGCGUCUUUUCAUCGACAGCUCUACAAAAAGUUUAAAAGCAGUCCUCCUUCACAAUGGAAAUAAAUUUCCAUCACUACCUUUGGCUCAUUCUGCAAUGCUCAAAGAAAAUUACGAAAGCGUUAAAAUGGUGCUUCAAACUUUAAAGUAUGAAGAGUAUGCUUGGCCAGUUAUAGGGGAUUUCAAGAUGGUAGGUUUUCUGGUGGGUAUGCAAGGCGGAUACACUAAAUAUCCAUGCUAUCUUUGCUUAUGGGACAGUAGAGCUGACACACUUCACUACAAGCAGCAGUUAUGGCCAGAACGGAUCGAGUUCCAGAUAGGAAAACAUAAUGUCAAGAAUGAACCGAUUGUGAAGGCCGAUCAUAUUUUGAUGCCUCCAUUGCAUAUUAAAUUAGGCCUCAUGAAGCAAUUUGUGAAGGCUCUUCGUCAAGAUUCUCCAGCUUUUGAAUACUUAAAGAGUUUUUUCCCUAAACUUUCAGAGGCUAAAGUUAAAGCUGGUAUUUUCGUCGGUCCACAAAUUAAGAAAAUAAUGGCCAGUGAAAAAUUCCCAGAGCUACUGAACGCUCACGAAAAACAAGCGUGGCUCAGCCUUAAAGCAGUGAUCCAUGGCUUUCUUGGCAAUAAAAAAGCUGCAAAUUAUAAAGAGCUCAUUUCUAAUAUGCUUGAGAAUUUCAAACUCAUGGGAUGCAGAAUGUCCCUUAAAGUACAUAUGCUACAUGCUCACUUAGACCAGUUUAAAGAUAACUUAGGGGCAUACUCAGAAGAGCAAGGAGAACGCUUUCACCAAGAUAUGAUAAACUUUGAACAACGUUAUCAAGGACAAUAUAAUGAGAAUAUGAUGGGUGACUACAUUUGGAGUCUAAUACGAGAAGGUUCCUACUCACACAGAAGAAAAACAAAAAAUAUUCAUUUCUAAAGUUUCUUACUGAUUCUUUUUAUGUAUUUGGAGAUUUAUCUUUAUUGUUCUUUGUAAAUAAAGGUGAUUAACAUAUAAAUUAAAGUUCUUUUUCUUGCCUUUGUAUUCUACUGAAUUAAAAAAAUAAGAUUUUCUUAAAAUUAGAAAUUGCGUUCUGGUUGCUACAAAAGCAAACUUUAUCAAAUAAAAGUAUUUUUUUAUUGUUAAGUUAGACAUUAUUAAUCUAAAUCAGCACCACAGAACUCAGACUCAAAAAUCGUGUUUACUUGUGUAA